CCCUGCUCUCCUCUCUGCCGGGAAUGAGCUCACACAACUGGAACAGAGCCUCCGGCUCCGUACGGGACAGGGAGCUGGACUGAGAACCGUGGAUUUCAUGGAGGGUCGGAGCCUGGUCUUGCAGAGUUCGGACAGAGGAAGAAGACUUUCUCCGCUGGGAUGAAGAGGGGGUGCGUUUCCUGUGACGGAACUGUGGAUUUGGAUUAUAAAAUGGAUUCUGGUGUUUAAUCUGAAGGGGAUCUGGUCUUUGGAAAGGUUUUAAUUCUGAGCGAGUCUGGUCUUGGAUUCUACAGAACCCGUUCUCUGCUGAGGUGAUGUACCUGCUGGACCAGAUGGAAAGAGGAACUCCUCAGAGGAAAACGGUCUACAGGAUCUCCCUGACCCUGGUAAAGAGGGAGACCCUGGAUGAUUCUGGGGGGAAGUCUGGGUCCUUCAGGAGGAAGGACUCAGUUCUGUUGGAGGAGCUGAAGGAGGUGCAGGAUGAGUCCGAGGACCUGUCUUGGUCUCGUGGCUUCAUGAGGACUUUCAGAACCUUUAGCACAGGUCAGCUGGAGCUGGGCCGGCUGAAGGUGUCCAGGAAGCUGCAGAAGGUCCGCAGUCCAUUGGUAGAGACCCGGGGUCCAGCUCCAGGCCAGGAGGAUCCAUGUGGACCUAAUCCAGAUACCUGCGCUGGAACUGCUGUGGAGAAGAAGAAGAGGUUCCUGAAGACCAGGAGUGUAGAGGACAGGAGCUCAGAGCCUCCUGUGAGGUCCCCAUCAGGGAACAACGGGACCCCCUCCAGUCCUGCGACCCCUCCUCUAAAACCAGGUUUCCUGCGCCGCAGCUUCAGUUUCAGACACAGGAUCAGUGGAGACCUGCUCCGUCUGCRGACCCUCUCAAAGGACCAUGAACACCAUAGUUCUGGAUCCCUCAGUCCAGCUGCUGCAGAGACCCCGGCUCCCAGAUCCUCACAACCCCCCAAGGAGAAAAGUCGGACCCUGGAGGUUGGAGCUGUCCUCAAUAGGACCGACUCCCUGACAGAGCUGAUCCGCUCUGAGAGGGCAAGAGGGGCCAAGAACCGGACCCUGGACAAUAGUGACCUGCUGGAACUGGCAGGGGGUGCCCGGUCCUCUGACAGGAAGCUGACCCGGUUCUUCAGUGGGAUCUUCUCCAGGAGAGACAGACCGUCAAGUCUGUCUGGGAGUCCGAUCCCAGGGAGGUCCCUGAGGCGCACCAGGAGGACUGUGGUGUCCCAGUCCAGUUCUGAGAGCAUCAACGGAGCCAGCACCGAAGAUGCCUUUGUGAACAGUCAGGAGUGGACCCUGAGCCGAACGGUACCAGAGCUGAAAGUGGGCAUUGUGGGUAAUCUGGCCAGUGGUAAGUCGGCUCUGGUCCACCGGUACCUGACAGGAACAUAUGUCCAGGAGGAGUCUCCUGAAGCUGACGUGGAUGCAGGUGGACGCUUCAAGAAAGAGAUUGUGGUGGAUGGUCAGAGUCAGCUGCUGCUCAUCAGAGAUGAAGGAGGACCCCCGGAGCAUCAGUUUGCUCUGUGGGUGGAYGCCGUCAUCUUCGUCUUCAGUUUGGAGGAUGAGAAGAGCUUUCAGGCGGUCUAUCACUACUUCAACCGGUUGGCCAGCUUCAGGAACACCUCGGACCUGCCGCUGGUUCUGGUCGGGACUCAAGACGCCAUCAGCUCCACCAACCCGAGGGUGAUCGACGACAGCUGGGCCAGAAAACUUUCCAACGACCUGAAACGCUGCACCUACUACGAAACCUGCGCCACCUACGGCCUGAACGUGGAGCGGGUCUUCCAGGACGUCGCCCAGAAGAUCGUCGCCAUCAGGAAAAAGCAGCAGCUGUCCAUCGGACCCUGCAAGUCUUUACCCAAUUCCCCGAGUCACUCAUCUGUCUGCACCACCCAGGUCUCUGCAGUCCACGUCAGCCAGACGAGUAACGGAGGAGGCAGCUUGAGUGACUACUCAUCUUCAGUGCCGUCCACACCCAGCACCAGCCAGAAGGAGCUUCGUAUCGACAUUCCACAGACAACCAACACCCCCACACCGGUCAGGAAGCAGUCCAAACGUCGCUCCAACCUCUUCACUUCGAGGAAGGCCAGCGAUCCGGACAAGGAUAAGAAAGGUCUGGAGUCCCGAGCGGACAGCAUCGGCAGCGGGCGAGCYAUCCCCAUCAAACAGGGCAUGCUGAUGAAAAGAAGCGGUAAAUCCCUCAACAAGGAGUGGAAGAAGAAGUACGUGACUUUGUGUGAUAACGGCCUGCUCACCUACCACCCCAGCCUGCACGACUACAUGCAGAACGUCCACGGGAAGGAGAUCGACCUGCUCAGGACCACYGUAAAGGUCCCGGGGAAGAGGCCGCCCCGCGCCGUGUCCUCUGGCGCUGCCGUGCCGAGUCCCAGCACCAACGGGCUGACGAAGGACAUGAGCAACCUGCAGCUGGGUCAGACCUCAGGUUCAGUGUCCAACAGCUCAUCGGUGUCUCAGAUGGUCAGUGGUGUCAGCCUGGUGUCCUUCAACAGCCGCAGUCUAGAGGGGAUGCACCAACGCUCUUACUCCGUCUCCAGCGCYGACCAGUGGACCGACGCCACCGUCAUCGCCAAUUCAGGAGUUAGCACGGACCCAAGCCUGGUCGACUCAGUCUGCUCCAGUCCCAGUAUCUCCAGCACCACCAGUCCCAAGAUGGAGCCUCCUCCGUCUCCUCACGCCAACCGAAAGAAGCAUCGGAGGAAGAAGAGCACCAGUAACUUCAAAGUCGACGGCCUCUCCGGUACUGCUGAAGAACAAGAGGAGAACUUUGAGUUCAUCAUUGUGUCCCUGACGGGUCAGACGUGGAACUUUGAGGCCACAUCAUACGAGGAGCGGGACGCCUGGGUGCAGGUCAUCGAGAGCCAGAUCCUCGCCAGCCUGCAGUCCUGUGAGAUCAGCAAGAACAAGUCUCGGUUGACGAGUCAGUCGGAGGCGUUGGCGCUGCARUCCAUCAGAAGUAUCCGAGGAAAUGGCCGCUGUGCCGACUGUGAAGCUCAGAACCCAGACUGGGCCAGUCUUAACCUGGGGGCACUAAUCUGCAUCGAGUGCUCAGGUAUCCACCGGAACCUGGGCACGCACCUGUCCAGGGUUCGCUCCCUGGACCUGGAUGAGUGGCCUCUGGAGCUCAUCAAGGUGAUGUCGGCCAUCGGCAACGAGCUCGCCAACAGCGUGUGGGAGGCCAACACUCAGGGACGCCCCAAACCUGGACCGGACGCCAGCAGGGAGGAGCGUGAGCGCUGGAUCCGGGCGAAGUACGAGCAGCGCCUGUUCCUGGCUCUGCUGCCAUGCGCCGACCUUUCUCUGGGCCAGCACCUGGUGAGAGCGACGGCAGAGGAAGACCUCCGCUCCAUCGUCCUGCUGCUCGCCCACGGCUCUCGGCAGCAGGUCAACGAGACGUACGGUGACGGCUGCAACGCGCUACACCUGGCCAGCCACAAGGGCAACGUGGUGGUUGUUCAGCUCCUCAUCUGGUACGGCGUGGAUCUGAUGGCGAGGGAUGCCCACGGAAACAGCGCCGUGGCGUAUGCUCGGCAGGCUAACAGUCAGGAGUGUGUGGACGUCCUGUCUCAGUACGGCUGCCCCGACGACCGCUACCCCCUGGUAGCAACGCCCAACCUGUCGCGCCGAAACACCAACCGCAACAACAGCUGCAGCAGCAUCGGGAGCGCCUCGCUCAUAUGACCAGGCCUCGCCUGCUGACUCUACAACAAACAACAUAACAAACAAACAAACACACUCUGGUAUGAGAGAGUUCUGUCCUGCCGCGUUAUGAAUCACUACAUGUUGUGAGGCUAAGUCCCACCCACAUCCCCUGACAGCCAACCACUAUGUUGGAUUAAGACGGAUCACUGGUCAGUGGUGACGCUGCUUACAUCAGAACAGAAAAGUCCCAAAGCAUGAUGGGAAACGUAGUUCACCGUAAACAGAUCUCAUACCUCAUCAGACAUGCUCAGAUGUAACACUACAGUUCAGGUUCAGGUUCAGCCAAUCAGAAUCCACUUCCCGUUACUCGCCUCCGACUGACUCCUGUUCUUGCCGAUACCAGAGAAAACUCUCUCCAGUCAUCUUCAUCACCGCCKUCAUCACUGAUAAUUCCAUCCUCAGCCUCUCCCUGAUGACCUUUGACCUCCCUGCCUUCUCUGGCGUCCUGUAAAUAUUUCCAGUUUUUAGAACGGCAGAUCGGCAGCACAGACCUUUUUAUUUAAGAUGAUUUUCUGCAGGUGUGAAUAUUUUGCUGAACAUUGCUGGACCAAUGGUUGAACCAGGACAGUUGUUUGGACUGUAUAAAGUGAUCAGGUGUACAGAAGCUUUAGUCAGGCUCAGGGACCCGAGACCAUCAGAACCUGCUGUAACUGWUGGAACUAAAGCUGACUUAAACCCUCCAAAACACAGAAACCAGAUCCAGGAAGCUCAAAGGGAACUGAUCUUUUUCUUCAGGUGUUUUAAUAUCCACUGAGAUGAGGAGACACUUGUGUCCACGGGUCUUUUAUUGUCCAAUCAGUGUCCCCGAUCAGCUCAGUGAAUCUAAGAAGGGCUGUUUUCUUCUUCUGUAAAUAACCUCGCGUCACUUUCUUUAUUAACCAUUGUUGGGUGUAAAUGAGUCCAAACAGRAAGUACUUCCUUUAGGUUGGGAUGCACAGUGGAAGUGGUUUAUUGUUUGGGUUUGGGUCACCAAUGGUGGUCCGCCCUGAUAUGAGGACGUGGUUCUCUUUAAGAACCCAAGUUUCAGACUGAAACGCAAUGAAGCUCAGAAGGAACCAGAAAGCCCGGGUCAAGUUUGAACCGCUGUGGAGUCCAGCUUGAUUCUGCUGGAUCCAAAAACCAGGUCCGACCCAGAAUGCUUUGACACUAAACUGUAAAUAAAUGUGGGAUUUUCUCAAACUAAAAUUUAAAUCAAGUCCAACUCCAAUUAAAUUUGACGUCCACAAAGAUAGGAUCAGGUCUGGAGACGUUUGGGACUCUGAAUGUGUGAAACAGACCAGAACCAUCAGAUGAUUGGACCCAUGAYGCCUAAUUAUUGUUUACAAAUGAUAAAAUAAGUUUGUUUACAGCUGAUGAUGGUCUUAGAAAGUUUGGGGUCCAUUUGGGUCUGGGUGGAGUUUAGUUAAAACACUUUGGGUCCGUUUGGUAGAAAAGUGUCGACUGAAGGCUUAAAGAACUCAGUCUCAGAAGGGAACUCAUAUUUUUGCGCUCUUAUUUUGAAAUGUAAACAUUUCUUCAGAAGUUGCUCUCAGCUGAUUUUUUAAAGCAAUAUUUCUGAGUCCUGUUGUUGCUUCAGCACUAACAUUAUUCUCUCAAACUUUGACUGACAGAAAUGAAGRAAAAACAGAUUUUCCUUCAACAAAAACAUUUUUUCCUCGUGUUUUGUUUUUCGUUUUUUUGAGCCACAAACUCAAAUCUCAGAGUUUUACCUUCAGAACUCAUCUGAUCAGGAAAUGACUUUAUGUUAAAGGCAUUUAAUUUUCCUCUCUUCACCUGAAACUACAGAACCAGAACAUCCAUAAGAGACUGAACGUUUUAUUUAUUCAUUCUGACUCCUUUAUUUUGUGAAAUGAGAUGGACGGCUGAUCAGUUCUGAACUCAGUUUCUGAACCUGGAGCAACAGAAAGACCUGAAAUUUAUCAAACAUGAAAAGGUUCAAACCUCUGCUAACCAGUUAGCGUUAGUUAGCUCCCAGCUAAAAGAACCAGGUUAGCGCCACUUAGCAUGAAUUAGCUUUUAGCAUCAGUUAGAACUAGUUAGCUAACAGCUAAAAUAACCAUGUUAGCUGGAGUUAGCUGACAACUAAGAGAACAACUUUAGCAUCCAGUAGCUGGAGUUAGCUAAUGGUUAGCAUAUUUUGGUUUAAAUAAUUAAGUUUUUUAUUUCCUGUUUUGUAAAUUUCAGGUUUUUGUUUCUACAGUUUUAUACAUCAAAUCCUAAAAAUAAAAAAUUCUAACUAUUCCAGUUCAUAUCUGAAUUAUAUUUAGUGAGUUUUGAGCAAAGUUAAAAUAUUAAACCAUUGAAAUACAGUAAAAGUUUAACUUUAAGCUGCAGAAAUUUCUAAGCUAGCUAGUUUUAGCAUCAGUAGCUGCCUGUUGAUGUUUACGGUUCUUUUAUAUUUUAUUUAUUGACAUUAAAACUAAAAGUUAAAUGUUCAAAGACUAACUGGAUUGUAAAGAAGCUGCUUGUUUUGUUUAUUUUUAGUGUUUAUGGAUAAAUUGGAACUGUUAUAAAAAGAGGAAACUAUCUGCCACCUGAACAUAAAGCUUUCAGUUAAGCCCCGCCCCCUCAGGAUUUUAUAUUAUUUAUAAACCCAUCAUGAAAAAGACCAACCUGUUUCUCUGAGCUCCUCAGUUUAGUUUUUAUUCUUAUUGUCCUGAUUUCUCACCCAAACAUUCUUGUUGUCACUGUUAUUCUAAUUAUUAUUAUUAUUAUUAUUGUUGUUGCUAUUGUUGUUGUUUGUUUGCUGUACAGAAUCCUUGUUGAAAUUAAAGCAGAAUCUUUUACUGUAACGUGUCUCUUUUCAAUAAACACAAGAAAAAAGCGUCUUUA